AAGCCCUAACGUCUUCUCUCACAGACGCAGAAGUACGACGGUGAGUUUGUUCGUUUGUCUCCAUGUCUACCGGCGACUGAUAAAUCUCAAUUCAUUCUGGCUUUGAUUUUCUCAAACAUUGGAAAAUCUCUAGAUUAUCAUUAUGGAUAAGAACAGACCAGGUUCUUUCAAGAAACGGUUCCAAUUCAAGAAAAAAAUGACCAACAAAAAAAGCACAAGGCCGAAUUUUAGUCAUGAACAGAAUGCUGGGUCUCCUAAUGUUUCUGACACAGUUUAUCGUAUUCUCUGUCCGAGUAGCAAGAUUGGUAGUGUUAUUGGAAAAGGCGGUAGCAUAAUCAAUGCCUUAAGAGAUGAGACCCGUGCCAAAAUCAGAGUUGCUGAAUCUGUUCCUGGCGCAGAUGAGAGAGUAAUCAUUAUCUUUAGCUCUGCUACAAGAAAACCUAGGAGAUACAAUGCCAAUGAAGAUGAUGAGGAUGAUGUUAUCACUGAGAAUGAACAUGAGUCCAUGCAGCCACAUUGUCCUGCCCAGGAUGCUCUGUUAAAAGUUCAUGAACGAAUUGCUGAGGAAGAUGAUCUAUUUGGUGGCAUAACAUGUGAAGAUGAUAAUGAAAACAAUGUGGUCACUGCACGCCUUCUUGUUCCAAACAAUCAAGUGGGGUGUCUUCUAGGCAAAGGUGGAAACAUCAUCCAGAAAUUGCGGACUGAAACUAAUGCAAACAUUCGUAUCCUGCCUUCAGAGCUUCUGCCUGCAUGUGCCAUGAGCACUGAUGAGUUAGUGCAGAUAUCUGGAACAUCAGAUGUGGCAAAGAGGGCUCUCUAUGAAGUUUCUACUCUAUUGCACCAGAAUCCACGUAAAGACAAUCCAUCAGUGAAUUAUUCUAUGCCUGCUGGGAGCCCGGGUUUUUAUCCUUCUGGCCCUCCUGUGCCAAAUAUGUUGCCACAACGAAAUCCAAUGUGGUCUCACCGGAACUCUGGUGCCCAUGGUACACCGCCAAUACCAUGGAUGGGGGGAUAUGGAAGUGGUUUCAACGAUGUUCCACCUGUAAAUGCUGGGGAGGCAUCAGAUGAGUUCUCUAUGAAAAUAUUGUGUACUGCUGGGAAGAUUGGUGGGGUAAUUGGUAAGGGAGGUGCUAAUGUUAAACAGUUACAACAGGAGACAGGAGCUAACAUUCAAGUUGAUGACACAGUACCUGAGGCGGAGGAACGUGCAAUUGUUGUCUCUUCUUUUGAAGCUCUCUGGAACCCAAGAUCAGCAACCAUCGAUGCCAUUCUUCACCUUCAAAAUAAAACAAGUGAAACGUCUGAGAAGGGCAUCAUCACAACAAGGCUUCUUGUUCCGUCAAGGUUGGUUGGCUGCUUGUUAGGACAGGGAGGUCAUGUAAUUACUGAAAUGAGAAGACGAACGCAAGCAGACAUACGUGUUAUAUCCAAGGAUGGGAAGCCUAAGUGUGCUUCUGCAGAUGAAGAGCUUGUGCAGAUAUGCGGAAAUUUUGCUGUUGCUAAAGAAGCCCUGUCAGAGAUUGCAUCAAGACUUAGAGUGAGAACUCUCCGAGGCUCAAAUGCUGCACUGGAACCUCCUUCUCUACCUCCACCUUUUCAAGGAUUUGGUCCUCCUGGUCCUAUUCCUCCAGUUGCUCAUGGAAACUUCCCUGGAAGAGCAUUACCACCACCUGGCAUGACUGGAGUUGGUGGCUCUGGUGGAUAUGAACACCUUCAGGCUCCAGGAUAUAAAUACGAAGGUCAGAGUUAUCCUGUUCAACCAUCUGCUACUGGAUACGCAAAUGUUAGCAGUUCUAUGGAGGUUAGGGUUCCCAACAUUGCAAUAGGUUCUCUUCUUGGAACAGGUGGAAGCAGUAUCUCCAAUAUUCGUGAGGUUUCUGGAGCAAGAGUGAAACUGCAAGAUCCUCAGUCUGGAGCAUCAGAAUGUGUUGUUGAGAUCCAUGGGUCUAAUGAGCAAAUGAAUGCAGCUCAGAAUCUUCUUCAGGCCUUCAUUGCAUCGGCAGUACAGAACUUCAAUUCGCAGCAGCAAGCUCCUUAUCAAUAGUAACUCUGUCCAUUUUUUUCUUUUAUAGGUCUUGGAUAUUUUUGUACCAUAGGUAACCUUUGUUUCUGCUCUUCAUAAGGGUGAUAGUAAACUCUUUGUGACAAAUUAACCCCAAUUAAAGUUGAUUGUUACAGGCCUUAGCAUUA